AUCAAAGUAAGCACGCAUAAUAAAGAGCAAGAUAAACAUUCCACGAAUAUACCCUCGCAUCUUAAUUUCGGAUUGAUAUCGAUGUGCGUCUUCUUUUGGAUCGAGGAAGACCCCAUUCAUCUCUCCCUCUCUCUCCCUCUCUCCGCUCCUCUCCCCUUUUCGCUUGGUGACAAGGGCUUUAGGGCUCAUAGCGAUCUGAAACAUCCCGAUCUCCCUUCACCCCCUUCCUCUUUCUCUCUCCCCGGAUCCAACCGAUCCGCGCAUCCAUGGAGGAGCAGGGCCAGAUCGCUCCCUUGUCUUGCACCCGGGGAGAGGCGGUAGUCGAGGAGGGGAAGGGGUGGGAUGAUUCGAGCGAAUCGGGCGAGAGAUGUGGCUUCUGCGCUAUUUGCUUGGAGAAGAUUGCGCUGCCGGAGAUGGCGCUUGUAAAGGGCUGCGAGCACGCCUACUGUGUAAUGUGCAUCCUGCGGUGGGCAACAUACCGUGAAAGACCAUCGUGCCCUCAAUGUAAGCAUCCAUUUGAGUUCCUCAGUGUUCACCGUUCACUUGAUGGCAGCAUCCAAGACUACAUGUUUGAGGAGAGUGUAUGCCUUCUCCUUAGGGCAAGUUGGUUUGUACCAUUGGCAGUUCAGGCACAACGAGAGGAGGUGCAAGAAGACGGUUUUGAUGAAUUAGAAGACUUUCUUCAAAACGAAUAUGAAGAUGAACUUGACGAUCUAGAUGAAAGCUACUUUGCUAGUAGAUCAAGUAUUCGUAUCGGUAACAGGAGAUGGGGUGACAACGGUUAUGUGAGGACCGGAAGGAAGGAAGCACGACCUGUCAAUCUGCAGUCUUUCGACGAUGAGGAUGCUGGCCCAUCUCGGACUCCAAAGAAGAAAGAGGCAGCAAAAGACAGCACUGGAAGGCGGGCGAAAAGGGCCCUGAAGCGUGAGGCUGCCGAUAAGGCAGCCGCAGCAAAGCACCAGCAGCAUCUGCAGAGGCUGGGCCGCAAGUAGUGCAGUGUUUCAUCAACUAUAUGUUGCCACUGCUUUCUGUGUAAUAAGCCAGCGACUUACUGUACAGCAUGUUAACCUCAAUCAUGUUAGGUUUAGUUUGGAGAAGUGCCACCGAGCAUAGCGUUUUGGUGCCUCAAGUCUUCUAUAUGCUUCGUGUAAACAUGCUUCUUUAAAAACUGUACUCAUUUGACAGGUCA